AUGGCAAUCGACUCAGUUUCCCCGGAGCCCACCCAGGAGACAGAGGAAAGGACUGCUUUGCUGGAUGUUGAACGAGGGCCUGAUUCUUAUGGCGCUGCAGGCACUCCGCACUACUUGCCAUCCAACUCUCACCAGAAACGAGAUAUACUGUUAAAAAGGAUCAAGUACUAUAUACCAUCCACCGCAUGGAUACCCAGUUACUCCCCGUCAUUAUUCGGUGGCGAUUUUUUGGCUGGAAUUACAGUCGCUUCUAUGCUCAUUCCCCAGUCCGUCAGUUACGCCACGUCUUUGGCAAAGCUUAGUCCAGUUACGGGAUUGUUUUCAGCGUCCAUUCCAGGCAUUGCAUACGCUCUUUUGGGGACCUCUAAGCAGUUGAAUGUAGCCCCUGAAGCUGCUCUAAGUCUUCUACUUGGCCAAGCUGUUUCCGAGAUCCGUCACGAUUAUCCUGAUCCCCAUGACGGCCAGGCGGAUCUUGUUGGACUUAGCGUAGCUACAAUGAUCACGCUUCAGGUUGGUUUGAUCUCGUUCCUUCUUGGAUUCUUUCGACUGGGAUUCAUCGAUGUUGUAUUGAGUCGGGCACUCUUGCGGGGUUUCAUUUCGGCAGUUGCUGUUGUAAUUAUGAUCGAACAGUUUAUUCCCAUGCUUGGCCUCACUGCGCUCCUGCACAGUGCUGACCCCGAAACAACCUAUGACAAGGCCAUAUUCCUUAUCAAAAAUGCGUUCACCCACUCCCAUGUACCUACUACGCUCAUCAGUUUCUCGGCCCUUUUCACCUUGGUAGCCCUACGAUCCAUAAAAAACCGAUUUAAGAACACCUGGUGGAUUUAUCGCGUGCCUGAAGUCUUGGUCGUGGUCAUUGUGUCAACUGUGUUAUGUGAACAACUUAGAUGGGACAAAUUGGGCGUGAACAUCCUUGGAGCAGUUGACGUCCAAAACAGUAGUUCAUUUAUCGAGUUCCCCUUCCGCCGAUCCAACUUUAGGUUCCUUCGGCGCACAACGUCCACCGCAGUUGUCAUUGCCGUCGUCGGAUUCUUGGACAGUAUCGUUGCAGCCAAACAGAACGCCGCGCGAUUCGGGUAUUCGAUCAGCCCCAAUCGCGAGUUGGUGGCACUUGGAGCUGCUAAUCUGGCCGGGUCGUUUAUUCCGGGAACGCUGCCGGCAUUUGGAUCCAUCACGAGCAUCGGGCUUGUGGUUUAUUCACUUCUUGCCGAGGCUCCCCAUGAAAUUUUAUAUUACUGGAACAUGGGAGCGUGGGUUGACUUAACCAUCAUGGGUCUCACCUUUUUCCUUUCUAUAAUCUGGAAUAUCGAAGUGGGAGUGGUAGUGGGACUAGUCGUCUCGCUCCUGUUGGUCGUACACCGCUCGUCGAAAACGAGGAUGACUAUUUUGGGCCGUAUUCCCGGUACGGAUCGAUGGAAACCUUUGAAGGAGAAUCCUGAGGCCGAGGAAAGUGUAGCAGGCGCAUUGAUCGUACGGAUUCGCGAGAACUUGGACUUUGCCAAUACCGCUCAAAUAAAAGAGAGACUUCGUAGGCUGGAAUUGUAUGGGAUUCAUAAGUCCCAUCCGUCGGAGGAGCCUAGACGCGGGCAGACGUCUGUGUUGGUCUUCCAUUUGGCUGAUGUGGAUAGCUGCGAUGCUUCCGCCGCGCAGAUAUUCUACGAAUUGCUUGAAGAAUACAAGAACCGCGGUGUUGGACUGUUCAUCACGCAUCUCAGGCCGACUGUAGAGAAAACCUUCAUCAAAGCACAUAUCUUUGACUUGCUUGGGUCUGGUGCGUUUAGAGACAAUGUCGCUGAUGCGAUGGCGAUCGUCGAAGGAUCUGCGUAUGCUCGUAUGCGGGAAUCGAAUUAUCUUGGAAGUCGGUGA